AUUUGAGCAUUUUCAAGGGAAAUGAAUGAGGAACACAGUUAUCUAUUAUGAAUAAAUAGUUCAUAUAUUAUCCAUGUAUAAGACAAAUUAUCCAGAUCGUAUUAUAAUGUGAAGAAAUAACAAUGUAUAGACCAUGUAUUUAUGUCUGAUUGUUUGAUACUUAUUGAAUUUCAUUAAAGAAGCUUAAAUCAGACUACUGAAUGAUAUGUUCACUCACUGAUUGUUUCACAAAUAUGAUUUCCUCCUUUAUGUCUUACAUGAACUCAACGAUCAACUAUUGUGAAUCUAUUAUUUCGAAUUUAGACGAACGUUCGUAUACAAUUAGCACAAUGUCUUGUUUAAAUUUAUUUUAUUUCCUGUUCAGCAAAAAGAAAGAGAACAUCAAAAUAAAGAUGUAC